AUGAAUGAAUCUGGCAUCGAUAUGGACUACGACUUUGACUGCGAUACGUUUCUCCAUGAUGCAUUCAAGUUACUCGAAGGCUCACAUGACGGCACGUUCUACGAACUCAAAUCGAAAUCCGUGUCACCCAUGGCGCUAGAGCAAAUCGCGAGAGAAUCACAAGUGAUGGAAAAUCAAGUGAUGGAUACCUCACCUGCAAUGCCCGCCGCAGCUACGUCUUCGUCGUCAUCUGGCAUGGAAUUGCCUCUGCCGGACUUUGGUCGCAUCUAUCACAGUGCGCCGCCCGAAACGAUUCGCCCGACUGUCAUAAAGAGUCGCAAGAAAUACAUGUACGACCUGAAUAACAACAAAAAUAUCUUCGCCGAUGACAGCCAACGUUCCAACAUUGCUGCCGAUAGUAAUUGUAGCAAUGUGACGACGACGACGACGCGACAUUCGUCACACCCAAGCGAAAAUUGGUACGUGCCGACGACGAUGAGUAACAAAAGUUUUCCGUAUGAAAAUUCCUUUGUGAAUCCAAGUUUCUUCCAUCAUCGCGAUGUGUCGCGUCGCGAUUCGCUGGACUCCCUUCCGCCGCCGCUGGAAGACACCGACAUCGAAACUGUCAAAGUUCAAGUGGGCAUCGACGAUGAUCUCCAGAUGAUUUUGGAUCUUGAUCCGAGUAUCGUGGAUCUCGGUACGACACCAACGACAGUUACAAUUUCCGAUCAACAAGUCACCGGAUUGCCUCCGAUCACUGGAGGUCCAACGUUCAAAACAGUCGUUCCCACAUCUCGCACGCAACUAAAGCAACAAUUGCAGCGCGAGCAACUGCAAGAACUGGAACGACGAGAAGCCGAAAAACAGCAACAAUUGCAGCAGCAACAACAAUCGCAAAGUGCCAGUUCAUCCGCUUCCUCGUCGCCAGCUGUCAAAGUUCCGGUUCACGUGGAUGUCGUUGAUGUUCCUCCAAACAUUUUGCAGGUCAAAACUAAACUGGAGAACCCAACGCGAUAUCACGUCAUCCAAAAGCAAAAGAACCAAGUCAAGCAAUAUUUGAGUGAGUCGUAUAAGCAGGCGCACAAUUGGUCGCCAACGCCAAGCAAAAGUGAUGGAAUUGCGGAAAAUUCGCAUCUGAUGCGACCCGCAAACUCGUAUACGCCAACAAAUCAAGUGCCAGCUGCGGUCGAGCAGAAAAGUCAAAGUUACGAGUACGGGAAAUUGAUGCAUAUUCAGAAUCAAACGUUGAUGAGCAAUAAUGGGCCGAAUACGGCGCCACAUAGUACGGGCACGAAUGGGGCACAAUUUUACUUUUCGGGAAGGUUUUCGAAUGUGACAGCAAGUCCGUCGGAGUCGGCGAUGUCACCGAGUAUCAGUAGUGUGGCAACGAGUGCUUCGGAGGCCGAAGAUGUGCUCGAGGAGCUUUUCCUGGACUACGAUUCGCGAUCCCUGAACGAAGCACUGAAGCUGGACUCGUCGUCGUUGUCAUCGUCCGACAUCAAAAUCAAACAGGAACCGUCAUUUUCGGAGGCAGAGGCACGCGAUCGCCAAAAGAAGGACAACCAUAACAUGAUUGAACGACGUCGUCGCUUCAACAUCAACGAUCGCAUCAAGGAACUCGGAACACUGCUGCCGAAAAACAACGAUCCCUACUACGAGGUUGUGCGUGAUGUGCGUCCCAAUAAGGGAACAAUCCUUAAAUCUUCUGUGGAUUACAUCAAAUGCCUGAAACACGAAGUCAGUCGUCUCAAACAAACGGAAUCGCGUCAAAAGCAAAUAGAAUACGAGAAUCGGAAAUUACUGCAGAGGAUUCAAGAAUUGGAGAUGCAAGCUAAGGCAAAUGGACUUCCGUUGCAAGAUUAUAACUGGAAUACAACAACGAAUUAUCGAACAACGAACGGACAUUACAAUUCCAAUCGUAGUUCAAGUCCUUCGUUGAUGACGGAUGUUGGAGCGAUUCCUGACGUUGUAAGUGAAGCUGCCAACAUGGGACUGCGACACCCAAUGGAAGAUUUCAUGGAUGACGAGCAUCCCGUAAACGGCGAUCCAAUGUUAUCGCACAACUUGCUAAGUGCCCCGCACUCGCCAUCUUCCUCAUCGCAUUCGUCGAACAACAACAACAACCACCAUUCAUCGAGUGGCUCCCAUCACACGAGUCACCAUCAUCACCAUUCGCACCAUCAUCCGCAUCACAACAGCUUACAUACCUCACAUACUCUCGAUCUUAACCACACAGAUCCCCUCUUGUCGUCGUCCCACCAACACAACGUCGAUAUCAGUCACUGCAUCGAUCCGUUGCUCGCGAAUCACCUGCUUGGCUCGCCAGCUGCGCAUCGGGCGCCGCACGACGUCCUGCAAUCCGACACAGAUUCGCUCGUCAGCGACAUGGAUAUGGUUGCGUGACCUUGGCUUGUCGAUCAACGAAAAAUGUGCCUUGAAUAUUUUUGUUUUUGUAUUAGAACCGUCGUUGUUGCGACGCUGUGUUUCUGACGGAGACGGAGCGACAACGUGUAAAAACCACUUAAAAUUAGCAAACCGCCGGCAAUAUGCAAUAUUAUAAUUAUUUAGUAGACGAAGUGCUGUUUUCUGUUAAUGUAUUAUAAAAAUUUAAUAUAAAAAGUACUUCGUUAUGUUUUUUUUUGUUUGUUUUAAAAUAAAUAAUAAUUGAUUAGAUAGCCUUUAAACUUAACACGUAGUUAGUUCAUAUUAUUAUCGAAAUAAGUGUUGAAUCGUUUUAUGAUAAAAAAAAAAUAUUUUUUAUAAAUAUCGCACGUCUUUAUUUUCGCAAAAGCCCCAAGCUCACACUACCUCAAGAAAAAAGCUUCAAAAUUAUUUUAAAAAAUUAAAAAUUCAGGAAAAAAUUUUAAAACAAAACAUUCCACUUUUACCUGAAUUUUAUUUUAACAAAAAAUUGUAAAAAAAAAAUAUUUUUUUGAGUUAAAAUUUAAAUUGUGCGAAAAUUUUACCAUAAAAAAGAGAGUUACUAAUUCAUAGUCAUUUGA